GGGACAAGUGAGGGGAAAAUAGGAAGAAAUCCACGUAGCCUAUUUUACAUCGUCCAGCCGUGUAUAUGUCCUCAAUUUGUAUUUAUUAAGAAACGCUGCUUUCAAUAAGGCGGAUAACAUUAUUCAUAGUGGCGGGGUAUGGCGGAAUAGCCCAUAUUGGUCCAGUUUGCUGAAAGGGAGAGGACUAAAAUGGAGCUGGAAGACGGAGUUGUGUACCAGGACGACCCGGGGACAUCAGCGGUGAUGUCUGAGCGGGUGUCGGGCCUGGCCAACUCCAUCUACCGCGAGUUCGAGAGGCUCAUCGGUAAAUACGACGAGGACGUGGUGAAGGAGCUGAUGCCGCUGGUGGUGGCCGUGCUGGAGAACCUGGACUCGGUGUUCGCGGAGAACCAGGAGCACGAAGUGGAGCUGGAGCUGCUGAAGGAGGACAACGAGCAGCUCAUCACACAGUACGAGCGGGAGAAAGCGCUGAGGAAACAUGCAGAGGAGAAGUUCAUUGAGUUUGAGGACACUCAUGAACAGGAUAAGAAAGACCUGCAGAACCGCGUGGACCGAAUGGAGUCCCACUCGCGGCAACUGGAACUCAAGAUCAAAAACUACGCAGACCAGAUUGCCAGGUUAGAAGAACGGGAAUUGGAGCUAAAGAAAGAAUUCAACUCCCUGCAUCAGCGACACACAGAGAUGAUCCAUAACUAUAUGGAGCAUGUAGAGAGGAUCAAACUGCAGCAGAUAAGUGAGACUUCAGAGUCAAGCGCUGUCGGCAGAGUCAGGAAAGAUCGGCCUCUUUCUUUGUGCGUCUUCCCGUCUGCUGGCGGCGCGCCUGUGCUGACCCCCAACCCGCAGGCCAGAGCAGAGACCCCGGGCACCGAGGGCUGGAAGUUCACCGACCCAGCGCGCUCCAACGCCAGCCUCAAGCAGUUGGACUUUAUCGACCCCCCAAAGGAAAGGGAGGGUAAGAGUGCGCAGGACUCUACUUGGGGGAAUUCAAUGGCACACGGCUGCAAGGACGAGCUGUUGGACUUUAACGGAUCCAAGUCAGCCACACCAGCAACAGCUUCGGACAUGGAGCGGGCCCAUGGGAAGAGUAAGAACAUGGAGGUGCAGGCUGCACCGGGGACCGGCUCCAUAUUAGUGGGUUUACCUGAAAAUGAGGACAGCUCAGAUAUGCAGGACAUCAUCGAGUCCACCCCUGAGCUGGACAUGGAUCUCAUUGGAUACAAGCCCGGCAGUACUCCAACUAAAGGGAUUGAGAACCUGGCGUUUGACCGAAACACAGAGUCUCUGUUUGAAGAGCUGUCGUCAGCGGGCACUGGACUCAUAGGGGAUGUGGAUGAUGGGGCCGACCUGCUGGACCUUAGUUUGAUUGGUAUGGGCCGGGAAGUUGAAAAUCUAAUUCAGGAGAAUUCACAGCUGCUUGAGACAAAGAAUGCUCUGAACGUGGUGAACAAAGACUUGAUACUGAAGCUGGACGAGUUGACCUGUGAGAAGGAGAUGCUGCAGGGAGAGAUGGAGGCUGUGCUGCAGGCCAAGGCCAAGAUGGAGGACAAGAACAGAGAGGUGGAGGAGGAACUCAAAAAAAUACGACUGGAGGUGGAGGAAGUGAAAAGCAAAACUAAAGAGGAGGAAGACAGCGAUGUACCUACCGCUCAGAGGAAGCGCUUCACCAGAGUGGAAAUGGCCAGAGUGCUGAUGGAGAGGAACCAGUACAAAGAGAGGCUGAUGGAGCUGCAGGAAGCUGUGCGGUGGACAGAGAUGAUCCGGGCCUCGAGAGAAAAUCCAUCACUGUCAGAAAAAAAGAAAUCCAGCAUCUGGCAGUUCUUCAGCAGACUGUUUAGCUCCUCCUCCAGUUCCCCCACCAUGAAGAAGGUGGAGUGCCAGUCCAUCAUGAAGUACAACGCCCCGGGCGGCAUGGUGAAGAGGAGCAGCACCUUCUCCCAGUUCCCCACGGAAAAGUCCAAGACAUUCGACUUCCUCAAUGAAGAAAAGGACUUGUGCAGCUCUCCAUCCCGUAAAGAGCAGAAGAGAGCUCAGUACCGGCAGGUCAAGGCCCACAUGCAGAAGGAGGAUGGACGAGUCACCGCGCACGGCUGGAGCCUGCCCAGCAAAUUCAAGGUAGCAAAUGGUGGACAAGUGGAGAACAAAAUGAAAUUGCCUGUACCGGUAUACUUGAGACCUCUGGAUCAGAAAGAUGCUUCUAUGAAGCUGUGGUGCGCUGCGGGGGUCGACUUGUCCGGAGCGAGAACAUUACCGGAGCUCGUGAAGCAGACAAAGGGUUCUCAGAGUAGCCUGAACCACUUAGAGCAAGAGAGCAAGGAUCCGGAGAAAGGGGAGAAGGAGCUGGUCCUCCAGGACGAGACGUCCAGUCGGGUGUGGGUCUGCACCAGCACCCACUCCUCCACCAAGGUGAUGGUGCUGGAUGCCAGUCAGCCCUCUGACCUGCUCGACAGCUUCUACGCCUGCAACACACACGUCGUCUGCAUAGCCAGCGUUCCAGGUGUGUUGGAGACUGACUAUACGGCAGCUGAGGAGGUACCUCAGGACUCGGAGGCUGUCCAGGGUGACAGGGUGUCUCUUGCCGGCAGUGUGGCCAGUGUGGGCUCUGCGGGCAGCGACGGUGCCGUGGCAACAGAGGGGACCACCGCAAUCCCGCAGACGGCCAGCGUAGGCGUCUCCGACCAGCCGGCCGAACACAGCGGCAUCUCUAGCUCAGUUGAGCUGUCCAGAGAGGCGAGUCCAGCAGAAGACGGCGUUCCCGCUGCAGAAGAGGCAACAGAAGCCACGGAGGCUAACACUGGUGUGGGCGAAGAAGGAGAGGAGGAGCAGGAAGCGGAUCAAAACCAGCCGGGAAUCUACACCGAGCACGUGUUCACCGACCCACUGGGGGUGGGACCCACUGACUCCCCCUCUGCCGACUCACAGAGGGGCUGCGGGUACGACGGGGAAACCUUUCCAGAAGAAUCGGAGCCGUCAGACGGGGAAGUCCUGAGGAUGAGCAGCGCCCUGCCCACCAUGUGGCUGGGAGCUCAGAACGGAUGUCUGUAUGUGCACUCAGCUGUGGCUCGAUGGAGGAAGUGUCUCCAUGCCAUCAAGCUGAAAGACUCCAUCCUCGGCAUAGUGCAUGUUAAAGGGAGAGUCCUGGUGGCUCUGGCUGACGGGACAUUAGCAAUUUUCCACAGAAGCAUCGACGGUCAGUGGGAUUUAACCAACUACCACCUGUUGGACCUGGGCCGGCCUCACCACUCUAUCCGCUGCAUGACGGUGGUCUACGACAAGGUGUGGUGCGGCUACAGGAACAAGAUCUACAUCAUCCAGCCCAAGGCCAUGAGGAUAGAGAAGUCGUUUGACGCCCAUCCUCGUAAGGAGAGUCAGGUGCGGCAGCUGGCCUGGGUGGGGGACGGUAUCUGGGUGUCCAUCCGACUGGAUUCAACGCUACGCUUGUUUCACGCCCACACCUACCAGCACCUCCAGGACGUGGACAUCGAGCCCUACGUCAGCAAGAUGUUGGGCACGGGUAAACUGGGCUUCUCCUUUGUGAGGAUCACAGCUCUGAUGGUGUCCUGCAGCCGGCUCUGGGUGGGAACAGGAAACGGCGUCAUCAUCUCCAUCCCGCUGUCUGAAGCCAAUAAGACAACGGGGAUAGUGCCAAAUCGUCCCGGCAGUGCUGUGCGGGUUUACAGUGAUGACGGUUCAGACGGUGCCGUGCAGGGCAGCUGUGUGCCGUACUGCUCCAUGGCUCACGCCCAGCUGUGUUUCCACGGACACCGAGAUGCUGUCAAGUUCUUUGUCACCGUGCCAGGUCAGGCGAUGCCCCCUCCCGGCAGUGCAGAUUCGGGCUCUGAUGAACCCCCCUCUGAAUCCUCGGACACAGCAACCUCUGAGCCCAAAACCUUCCUGGUGAUGAGUGGAGGAGAAGGGUACAUUGACUUCAGAAUGGGUGAUGAAAGCGUGGAGUUGGACGGUUUAUCAGAGCCAGCAGCCAGUCAGCAGUCUCCGCCCACCAAGGUCGAGCGGAGCCACCUCAUCGUCUGGCAGGUGUCAAACUCUCACGAUUGAAGAAAUAAUAAUCACAGACUGUUGGGCCACCCACCGAACCCCUGCAUGUCCUCCUCCAAGUUUUUUAUUUGAUAUUACUGAUUGUUUUUAAUGCCUGAGUAGUUGAAUACUUUGUAAAAAAAAAAUAUUUUUAGUCCAUGUUUUGUACAGUUUAUUCUUUAUGAAUUUGAAUGAGUUGUGGUGAGGCUUGUGUUAACUUAAGGAAUCCGUCCGAGUGUUCCCUGCUGCUGGGUCGCAUGUUGGAAAAGCCGGUGCACUCUGGGAAAAAGCUGAGUUGGCGCAAAGAAAGCGGUGAGCAUAGUUUGAUCAGGUAAUGAAUGGAAGUUGUUUGUUUCUCAAAUGUUAAAAAAGGGAUCGAUAUGGAAAGUAAAAGGGAAAAGCGCUUUAAAAAAAAAAAGGGAGAAGAAAGUUGAGCUGAAGUAUAUUUUAUAUUGAACACAUAGAAUUUUACAUUUGUAAAAUAUUGUCUGUGUGAGCUUCAGGUGUGUGUGUGUGUGUGUGUGUAUGCAUUCAAUGAGCAUUUUUAUUAUCUUAACCAUUACGGCUGGGCGUCAAAAUAUGUUCCCUACAAGGUGUGUUUUCUAAGGCUGAUUACUCUACUGUAUGGUCUGAUUACUAGAAAGCAGCUUGCACGUACCAGUGGUAAAUUAAAUGUGCUUUUGGUCAGCAAAAGUGCUUAAACAUCUUGAGAGGUCGUAUAUUGAAUGAAACCAAGUCCUAUUGGCCACUGGUUUGUUUUUAAUCACCUAAAUAAUGUCUUAGCAGUUUGGGCACUGCUACUGAAAACAAUAACCAUCUCACUGUAGCGCAGGUUAGCAUUAGCCUGCAUGGGGGAAACCAUUUCAAACUAUACUCCUGUUUGUCGUGUUAGGGAAAAUCUGUCCGUGCCACCAGCUUGGUGCUUCAACUCAUUGGCACUUUAAAAUGUAAUUUGAUGUUUGGAAGAACACUCCUAGUUUUGUACUCUAUAAACCACUAUGUUCUAAUCAUGUGAAGGAAACAAAUGUACAAACUUGUAGCACCCCAGUACCCAAAGGACGAAAGAAGAAGCACCGUGAAACUGACUUAUUAUUUUAUUCAUCAUUCCAACCUAAAACGUAUUCAAUAAUUGAAGGGUGUGUUUUCAGGGUGUCAUUUUACUGGGAAAUAAGCUUGAAUAAUGAAAUCUGACUAAACAUUUUUUGUGUGGCACUUUCUAACGGACAUGCGCACAGCACUAAAGGGAGACUUCCUGAUUGCUUCAUCAUUCCUUGUUUUGUUGUUACAAAUGCAUUUGAAGGACUGGAAGGCAAUUCAUUGUUUGUGUUUUGUAUUCAUGCGUAAGACACUUUUAUUUGCAAGAUGUCAAUAUUAAGCAGGUGUUUUAAUUUGUUUUUAUAUCUUAAGUUGGACCACGAUUGGUCUUCAGUCUAUUUUAAAAUAGUGACUUUCUAUUUUGUUGUUGCCAUUCCAGUAUUUAUUUCCUUUGUUGACGAGCCUACCUUGGUUCAGAAUGUAACUUUCUACAUGAGCAAAAUAGGCUAUUAUAAAAAGUAAUAGUCAGAUGGGUUUGAGUGAUUGUUAAUAAUGGACAAAUAAACAAUAUCAAUGUAACCAUGUUGGACAUUUUUGACAAACCAUGACAUAAAGUGUGCAAACAAUAGUUUUCCGAUCAAGAUUCAUGUACUAAGCUAUGCAUGUUUUGUUUUUUGUGUAUUUUUUAAAAGAGGACACUGCUAUGUUUUCAGCUCAGUCUGUGUAUUGCCACCGUUUUGGGUGGGGUUUGUGUGUACAGUACAUGUGUACAUGUGUACAUGUAGGAGUUUGAACGCAGGACACAAUUUCCAGUGUGUGUGUUUGAUUUUGAAAUGUGCGGUGUAUGUGUGCUCACUGUUUGUCCAUCUGUAAUACUCCAGAGACUGGUCACACUAACCUGGUGCCUCUCUGGAUGCCAUAACAGUGAUUCCUCCUGGUCAAUGUUUGCUAAUACAGCAUCAUAGCCUUAUUUUUAACAAUCUAUUAAACUCAGUUUCAUGGAGACAUUUCUGUUA